AUGACUCGAAGCAAGAGUCCUGUCAGCAACUCUGGUGAACUCUUUGCCAUGGCAAAAGCCCGCCGCCGCCAGAAGAGACAGGUCAAGAAAGCAGCCAAAAGGGAAGCUGAGCGCAGCAACAGCGGGAAUAUGGCCCCCCAACCCUCUCAUCAGACCAGCAUACAAUCCCAGCAAGCGCUGCUCGGACAUGGCGAUGAGCCUGAGAGUCGUACCGGCCUGGGUCUCGAGAAACGAAUCAAUGACGAGGAAGUGUUGCGAAUUCACACAGCAGCGGCCAAAACUAGCCCAAACGCCAGCACCAUCGGCGACGGUCCUUCGCAAAAGCUACCUGCAAAUGAUAACAUGUCCACACGCCCGCGUCAUUUUGACUACCAGCGAGGUCGUGAGAUGACUCAAGCAGAGUGGGUGGCGGCCGCAGCAAAGGUUUCCGGGGGCCGCAUCACGGCCAAAAAGGAGGACAUGGAGGACUGGGUCAGCCCUUCGGCCAGUGUGAGGCGUCGGCGGGGCUUCGCCAGGGACACGGAUCUGGAUACCGUCAGACGCUACGAGCACACGGACAUGAAGCUUGCUCUCGGCGAGAUGGAACGCCUGGGAGAGGGGGAUGAUGAGAGGGCGGCAGAUGUGCGGAUGGCGGGAAUGUAG